AUCCUCGUAGCCUACUCACGGCUCGGAGCCUAUUCGAGCCCGACACCCCCGCCCGUUCCCCUUCUCCCUCCCCGGCAGCCUGCAGACAUCGCCGUAUUGGACAAGAGGGAAGAGCUCCUUCUGUAUCUCUGACGUAGGCUACCGUUGAAAGAGGAGCAGGCUGUGGGUCUCAGGAGGCAGGACGAUGGGCACCUGCAGAAGAAUGUAGCGGGAACCGGACCACACCGCAGCGGGAGGCGUGGCUCACAGCUGUCCAUCACCCCUCUGACUCUUAGUAGAAUGGACACCCUGCUGCACUGGGGCCACUGGCCUUGUCACCGCAUGAGGUAAAGCCCCUCAUCGCCUCGCCUCGCUGCAGCGUCGCCAUGGAGACAGAGAGCUACACCACCCUGCGUCUGGAGACCAGCGAUGGCACGGGGACGGUGGCGAGCGUCGGCAUCCUGGAGAGCCACGGCGGCUCGGCCCUUCCGCCCCCCGUGGCGUGGCAGACGCCGUACCCGAUCAGCUUCCAGGUGUCCCUGACCAGCUUCCUGAUGCUGGAGCUGGUCCUCGGCUUCAGCAGCAACCUGACGGUGCUGGUGCUCUACUGCUCACAGUCCAACUUGGUGGACUCGGUCAGCAACCUGGUGACGGUCAACCUGCACAUCCUGGACAUUGUGGUGUGCGUGCUGUGCCUGCCGCUGACGGUGGUGGUGGUGCUGCUGCCGCCCGGUCGCGACCUGGCGCUCAUCUGCUGCUUCCACGAGGCGUGCGUCACCUUCGCCAGCAUCUCCACGGCCAUCAACGUGCUGGUCAUCAGCAUGGACCGCUACGACAUCUCCGUGCGGCCGGCCAACCGGCUGCUGACACCGCGCUGGGCCGGGCUGCUGCUGGCGGCCGUCUGGGCCGUCUCGCUGGCCGUCUUUUUCAUCCCGUUCAUCGAGGUGGACUUUUUCGCCUCGGAAGAAGAAGCAGCGGCGGAGGAGAACGGCGGCGCAUCAAUCACCGCCGCCACCACCACCCAGUCGCCGGAAGCGGUGUGGCACAACCGGACGUUGCUGUGCAUGGGCGGGCAGGGCUACCACAUGGGACUGGGCAUGUACUACCACCUGCUGCUGCAGGUGCCCAUCUUCUUCGCCACGGUGGUGGUGAUGCUCUUCACGUACUCGCGCAUUCUCCGCGCCCUCAACAUCCGCAUCGGCUCGCACAUGCGCAAGAACCAGCGGGGCGGUGGCUGCGGCGCCCGACGAAGCCUGGGCUGCCGGGGUCGCCGCGGACGCCGUCACCGACGCAGCAAAGCCGAGCAGCAGGAGGAGCAGGAGGCCGCUGAGCAGACCAAGCAGCUCACCCACCCGCCGCUAAUCUCAUCACCCACCCCCACGGCCACCUCCCCCCCGGCCCUGUCCACCGUGCCCCUGGUGGGUGGAGCGGACAGCAGCGCGGCGGCGUCCCCGUCCCCGGCGGUGGCGCCGGUGGCCUCCGUCGGGGUCCAGGCCUCGGUGUCAGCCAUCAUUGCCCUGCGGCGGGCCGUGCGGCGGCACCGGGACCGGCGGGAGCGGCAGCGCCGCGUCUUCCGCAUGUCGCUGAUCAUCAUCUCCUCCUUCAUCGGCUGCUGGGCGCCCAUCUCGGUGGCCAACGUGCUGAUCCUCUGCCUGGGCCCCAACGACACGCUGGUCUCGCUGCGGCUCUGCUUCUUGGCCAUGGCCUACGGCACCACCAUCUCCCACCCACUGCUCUACGCCUUCACACGACAGAAGCUGCGGCGGGUGCUCAGGGCCAAGGUCAAGAAGCGGGUGGUCUCGCUGCUGCAGGUGGACCCCUCGCCCGGGGGCACUGUCAUACACAACUCCUGGGUGGAGCCGCGUAAGAGCCGCAAACAUCGCACGGAGGGUAGCGACGCCACGGACCGCUGCCUGACGGAACCGCUGUGACAGAGCCAUGUUCAGCACUGCAGUACUACAAUCAAGGCUCCAAUUAUGGAUGCCAAUCGUGUUCUAACCACAGAGCUGUGAAGAAAGCUCUUACACUACUCAAAACAGUAAGACCACAGUAAGACCACAGUCUUUAAGUGGUCUUCAGAACCCUAUAAUCUAUCUCAAAAGGAGUACCUUGGGAAUAAUGUAUUAUUACCCAGGAUGUAAUAAUGGUCAAACACAUAUUUUGAGUAGCGUUUAGCAGACAUAUGUUGUCAAGUGGAUAUUUUGUAGUUGUCAUGUUUUUUAGCAAAAAGUAAUACAAUUUUCAAAGACUAGAUAGCAAUAUAAUGUUCAAUAAGGGCAGUAUCUAGUUAAAGCUCUGCCUCUUUCCUGUGUCUAUGAAUGUAAAUCUUCUAUACACUUGUUAAAAAAACAGUACUAGUUGAUGUAAAUGUUUUCUUUGGGACAAUUCUUUUGUAUUUGAGUUGAAUGAAUAAAUUACAAAGGAAAAGGUGAGUGUAUCUGGAUAUGGUCUGCCAGCCUAUUUUCCGCAGCCCAACAAAAGACAAACUUGGGAUGCCAAAGGUGUGUUCAUUAAACAGCUCAUGUGCUGGUGAAGACAGGGGUGAUAGAAAUGUAACGGCACCAUCAGGUUUCCUUAGCAACUGCUAGUGGGAAAAAGUUUUACAUCUGACCACCAGCAUACCAGAUGAACACAAUACAUGCAAUUUCACAUGCAGAUGCUGUUUUCAGUCUCGGCCUGGCUGUCUGGCCCCUAGCCACUUCUCUGAAUACUGACUCAUACACCCCCACACACACAUACAACUCUUGGGAUUUACACACUGACAUUGUACGGGUCUCUGCACCUAGACUAUGUUUACACCAAAGGUAUGGUCGACAUCUUCUGACAACAUCCUGACAGUUGUUAAAUCAGCUGCUCAGUAUGAGAGUGUAGAAAUGCAAGAUGAGGAACAAAUUUCCAUCUUAGAGAGCACACACACACACACAUAGACUCACACACAGCCAGCUGAGGAGACAGACAAAAAUGCAUACAUACACGCAAAAAACAACAACAAAUGAAGAGUUAGGUUCUAAAACGCUAUAU